AAACUAUGAGCUGUCUGCACAGAAUAGAUAUUCACCUGUUUCAGUUACUUCAGAUAUAGAGUAUGGAUUUAACUCUUUACCGCCAUUAUUUAAUAAGAGUAGAUCUUCUUCAGUAGAUUCUGUUGAUGAAAAUGAUCCCAUCUUACCAGAUUCCCCUAUCCCAGAGUUUAGCCAGGUUUUACUAGACCGCCAUGUCUCAACCACACUGAACGGGUCCGUGUCUCCUGUUUCAGUGGAUUCGGACACGCAGUCUAGUUCUGUCUCUUUGGUAUCAUUACUUGGUGAGAGCCGACCUCCAUCUAUCAGUUCCAUUGAUGAAAAUGGCCCUCUUGCACCUGAUUCACCCAUUGCAGAGUUUGGAGACAUUAUUGUAGAAACUGAUCAGUUUACACUAGUAGAUUCUGCUCAUGAAAGCUGUCCUGUUUCACCAGACUCAUCCAUUCUAGAGUAUGGACAAAAUUUCCAAGAAAUCCAUGUGAACACACUACAGAGAUCCUUGUCUCUGUCACACAGCUCUGAUAUCAGACCUUCAUCCCCUGACUCAGUGCUCUCUGGGGAUUAUUUCAGAGGUGAUUCACCAAUUCCUGAAUUCAAAUCGGGGUUCACUGAAUUACUUUCUUUAACUGCACAUCGAUUUUCAUCUCCUGAAUUUGUGAUUUCAGAUGUUGAGUAUGCAUCAGAAGCAGGCACACAUAUUUCGGAACAUAGAACUGACUCACCAGAGUCACAAGCAUCUGAGACCACAGUGAGGCCCCAGAACCAGGCUCUUUCUUUACAGGAAAUCAGGGUGCCAGUCUACAGACUUGUUUAUGAUGCAGAACUUUGGAAGUUUAUUUCUCAAAUACAUGAUCCUCAAUAUGUUGGGGAGACAUUUUUCGGUAAAACAGGAGUUUUCAAGUAUGUUGGAACUAGAAUUGAGUAUGUUCCAGAAGCCCCAGAAAUAAGACCGAGCAAGUCAGAUGAUAACAUAAAGUCCAGCAAUGUAGAGUUAGAAUCUAGGUCUUUGUGUCCUCUGAAAUUGACUACAAAUGAUCAAACAUCUGAUUCUCCUGUUCCUUUGAAAGACAAAUGUCUGGAUUCCCAAGUUUCCAGAUUUCCCUGUGACCACCUCAACAUUUCCCAGUCUCUACUAGAUUCAUCAACAUCAGCUGUGUCGGAUGAAAAAUCAGAGCAUUGCAUGCUCACAAUUUUCAGUGAAAGCAGACUUCCAUCAACUUGUUCAGCAUUAUCUGUACAUGACAGGAGUGGAUUAUCACCAGAUUCACCUUUACUAAAUGUCAGGUCUGUAGUAUCAGAAUCAGUAAUAACCAGUCCAGGGAGCAGGACCUCCUCAACCAACUCAGAAUGUUCAAAUGUUGAAUAUGGCUUUUUAACUCCAGUGGCCUUCACAGAGCCCAGACCAGACUCGUGUGAUUCAAUUAUAUUCAGUUCUGAACAGAAUCAAUCAGAAGAUGGUCCCAUGCCGAGGGUAUACCAGUUAAAUUGCCAGCUUUAUGACUCUCAGUAUGCUGGUGACGUCUCUGGAAGCAGGGCUGCCUUGUCUGAUAAUAUAGAGACUUGUAUAGGAGAUGUUUCACUGGAUUUAGGUACACAAAACAUUGGCAGGCCAAUAUCACCUGACUCUGAGCAUAGAUCCCGCUCACCAGAGAUUAUACACUUAACAAGUGCUAUCAAGUGUGAUUUUCAGGACAAAGAAAACUCUGAAGAUGAUAAUUGUCAGUUGUCUAAAGAUUCCCCAGUUCCCCAGUUUUCUGUGUCCGAUUUGGAAGCUUCAGACCAGUAUAUCCAGACAUCAUCCCAUCAUUAUAUAUUAAAUGCAAAACUUGAGGAAUUUGAUGUGUCUGAGUUUCAUAAACCUGGUCAGAUAAUCGGCAAAUAUAGGUGUUCCUCACCUGAAUCAGGUUCUGUAGAUAUACAGGAUUUAUCUGGAUUUACUCCAGCAGAGUUCUCGAUACAGGAAAGACUAUGUUCCCCAAAUUCAGUGUCAUCCAAAACUGAGAUGCAGCCCAUGUCAGCUUCACCUGAGGUGGGUUGUUUUUCUGAUGUAGAGCACGAUUCAGUAAUACCAGAAGGUGAAUGGCAGACCCUGUCACUGGAUUUACCUAUAAACCAGUUCAAAGCAAGAGCAACAGAACGUUUUCCCUCAUUUGUUGAGUUCAGGUCCUCAUCUCCUACAUCUAUUUCUUCACACAUGGACUAUGCUCCUCUAAUUAGUAUACUGGGCCAAACUGAAGGUAUACCAGAUACUUCAGAGUCAGAAGCCAAACUUGAAAGGAGACCUUUGUCACCUGAUUCUGAGUCAGAGUGUAGGACUUUCUCACCUGUGUCUCUAACUUUGAUCUUUAAAUCUACAUCUCCUGAAUCAGUUGGCUCUCCAAAUAAAUUCAGAGCUCUCUCACCAGAUUCUCCAAUUCCAGAGUUUAGAAAAAUGCUCCAAGAAUCGAUAAACAGAUACCUUGAACAUAGAUCUUCUUCCCUAGAGUCAGUGUCAUCAGAUUUAGACGUGGAAACCAAUUGGGAUAUGAUGUUUUUUGAGGAGCAAUGCCCAUCUCCUGACUCUGUACUCUCAGGAAGUAAUUAUCAAAAACUUUCACCUGAUUCUCCAGUACCUGACUUUAGACAAUUUUUGUUAGUUACUCAUGUUAAUGAUAGUGGUUACAGGGUAUCAUCACCUGAAUCCAGUCAUUCAGAUUUGGAUUUUGCUCCCCUUUUUUCUCAGUUGUUUGAAGAUGAGGUUGGAGAAAGACCAAAUUCUCCAGAAUUAAAUCUAUCUUUGCAUGAAUAUCAACAUUUGUCCCCAGAUUCACCAAUACCUCAAUACACACACAGGGAGGCAAACACAUUAACACUUGAAUGUGAAUCUCCUGGGUCAGUGUAUUCAGAUGAGGAGAUAGAGGUUUGUAACACCUGGCUUAUUGAGGACAGAGGAGCAUCUCCUGGUUUGUCAACAUCUGAAUAUGACUCCAGACCAGACUCCCCUAUUCCUGAUUUUAGUCAGGCAUUACAAGAGUCCUUCAACAGACACUUUACUUUAAGGUCCACAUCCCCCACAUCAAUGUCUUCAGAUGAAGAAACCAAUUUAGAGUCUGACAUGUCUAUACCCUGUUUUUUUGAAGGCCAAGCAGUAAGUCCUGGUUCUACCACAUCACAAGAUGAAUUCAGGCCAGACUCGCCUGUUCCUGAAUUUACACUUAAUCGGGCUAGAAUAUGUCACAUGAAUACAAUGUUUCCAUCUUCUGAGUCAUUUGCAUCAUAUGAAGAUUUGGAGACUGAUUUGUGUAUGACUUGGCUUUUUGAAGACCGAGCAACAUCUCCUGGUUCAAGAACAUCCAAAGAGGAGUUUGCGCCUCUUUCACCUGAUUCUCCUAUUCCCGCAUUUUCUCAAACGCAAGAAGAAUCCAUCAUUUUGCUCUUAGCUUCAAGAUCUACUUCACCGGAAACUGUGUAUUCAGAUUUAGAAAUGGAAUUAUCUUCCUUUGUGGCCAUAGAAGAUCAAGCCUUAUCACCUCUAUCCCUAACACCUCAAAGUCAAUAUAGAUUCCUUUCUCCAGAUUCUCCUGUUCCUGACUUUGCACAGGAAUGUUAUGAUACAUUUUAUAGGAUAAAUUCCAACAGGUCAUCAUUACAUGAAUCAGAGGCUUCUGAAAUGGAAUGUGCCCCAUUAAUUUCACAGAUAUUUGAUUUUGAGGACAGAGUAGAAUCCAGCCCAUCAGGACACUAUACUGAGCUGGGAUGUUUGUCUCCUGACUCUCCUUUACCUGAGUACCCCAUGGCUUCAUCCUCUAAUUUAAGGUUCAGAUACAGGUCCACCUCUCCUGAGUCAGAAUUUUCAGAUGAAGAUUUGAGGACAGACUGGUGUAUAACUUGGCUUUUUGAAGACCGAGCAGCAUCUCCUUUUUCAACAACAUCCAAAGAAGAGUUGAGACUACUUUCACCGGAUUCACCUAUUCCCAAAUUUAGACACCAUGAUUCCACAAUACCCUAUGAGCUAAGGUCCACAUCACCCGAAUCAGUGUUUUCAGAUUUAGAAAUGCCUUCACAGUUUCCAAACUUAACUGACAGUAGACCUUGUUCCCCAGAAUCUUUAACAUCAAUCAGACUUUCGCCUGAUUCCCCUCUACCUGACUUUGUGCAACCAAUGUUUGAACUACCUAAAACCCUUUUUAGAAGUAGGUCGAUGUCCCCUGAGUCAACAUGUUCAGAUGUUGAAUACAUUGUUUUAAGUUUAGGGUCAAUAUUGUUUGACACCAGACCAUGUUCUCCAGGUUCAGGAGCAUCUGGAGAUGAAAUUCGGGUUCUGCCUCCAGAUUCACCAAUACCUCAUUACAACGAAGUCGUGCGAGAACAUGUUAUAGUAAAUGCUGGAUAUAGAUCAACGUCCCCUGAGUCCAUUGAGUCAGAUGUUGAGUACGCUUUAGGUGAACUUUUGAUAGCAAUGGGAUUUGGUGUUGAAGAUAGGCCAGAUUCUCCUCUGUCAAUAGAGUCACACAUGCACGAUGGGUCAUCUUCAGUUGACUCCAUUGCAGAAUACAAACCCAUGUCACCUGAUGCAUUGACCUCACUUAGAAACAUUAGAGGUGGAUCUCCAGAGUCAGGUGAGGAAAACACCAGAUUAUCACCAGACUCACCUCUUCCUUCUUUUACUCAGAAUGUACUUGAGACUGUAAUUCAGGAAAGAUACACUGGCACUUCAUCCCCAGACUCUCUGUUGUCAGAUAUGGAAUAUGACUUGGUAUAUUCUUCAUUUGACAUAGGACUUGUUGACAAAAUAACACUGUCUCCUCAGUCAGAAAGAUCAGAUAUUGAAUAUACUCCUGAAUCUCCAGUACUUGAUUUUACAAAGACAGUUGUGGAAGCUGCCAUGACUGUAAUGUACAAUUCAUCAAUAGAUUUUUUAGAUUCUGAUGAAGUAUCACAGACGUCUCUCCCAUUUUAUACAGAAGAGAGGACAGAUACACCAGAAUCAAUGGAGUCAGGGACAAAAGAGCUAUUAGCACCUAAGUCCUCACUGGAUGAAACCAGUGAUGGCACUGUUUUGAAAACAUCAGUGGAGCCUCUCACAUUUGAUCAGUCAGCCAUUAAUGUAGGUGAGUACAGUCUUGUUUAUGAUGCUGAGCUAUGGAAGCUGAUUUCUCAGGUACGUGAUCCUCAGUAUGCAGGAGAAACCUUUAACAGUAAAACAGCUUUCAUGCAUGUUAUUGGUAGCACAAAUGAAUAUGAGAGGAGUGUGACAAAUAAUGAACAGGUCAAUAGAAUACAGAACCAAAAUUACAAAGAUGAAUCAUCCAUGUUAAAACCUUCAGAUGUUACUCAUCAGUUCACGUCUACAGAAACAAAAAGUGUCAUGGCUGAAAGAUACCUUGCAGAGUCGCCACCGCCAAUGAUUGAACACAUUUUGUUAUCAGGAACAGCUCUUUACAGGAAGUCAAAGUACAUGUUUCAAUCACCCGAGGCACGGUCAUUGUCUUAUCAUUUGGUAUCUACAUCAGUAUCUGAGAAAGAGAGUGAUCAUCUGUACAGUUCCCUAGAAUGCCUGGGUCCAAAUUUACCCAAGGUGGAAGAUACAAGACCCAAAUCUAUCAAUGAGUUUAGGCCCCUAUCAUCAGAUUCCCCCUUACCAGAAUGUAGUUUGGCAUUGUCAGAAUGUGUGACGUUUCUCAGAUCUACAUCGUCUUCCCCUGAAAUUCAUGCAUCAGAUACUAAUUACUUGCAACUCAAUUCGGAGUCUGACUUUAUAGAAUUCAGGCCACCAUCUCCAGAAUCUGCUCCAUCUGAAAAUCAGGACGAGAGUCAGAGGCCUUUGUCAUCAGUGUCACUGCCUGAUUACAGACCUGUGUCAUUCCUACCAUCCAUGUACAUUGCUGACCAACGAGCAUCAUCUCCAGAAUCAGUUCCAGAAUUUGUGCAGAACAGGUCACUUUCUCCAGACUCUCCCAUCCCUCAGUUUAUCCCAGCAUUGCAGGUGUACCCCACAAAACAUCAUGUCCCAUGCUCAUCCUCAGAAUCUGAAUCCACUGAUUCAAGUGAUGACAUCAUCAUGUCAGAUGGGAACACUAACCGACCCUCCUCACCUGAAUCAGUUUCAUCCAUCAGUGAGCUCGGUUGGCUAUUGCCCGAUUCACCGGUACCUGAGUUUAUGAGAAUAUUAUCUUCUUAUUUUAUGGAUCCUACUCCCUUUGAAAGAUCAUCCUCACCUGUGUCUUUGUCAUCCGACUCUGAGUUUGUGGCCUUGCCUGUUGAAUGUUGGAUUGAUGAAAACCCCAGACCUCAGAGCCCUGCAAGCCUUGGAUCUGAAAAGGAAUUCUGUUCGGAUGAUGAAAUAUUAGUCUUAAGCUCAAAUGUUUCACCCCACACUCAGACAUCUUCCUUGCAGCCAGACCAGUUUCCUCAGACAAAGUCAGCAAUCAUGUCACCAUCACUCAUUCAAUCUGUUCAUCAAAGGUCUGCUAAAGAAAAUUUUUGCCCUGAUUGGCAAGAAAUUACAGAAUUCAAGUACAAAACAGAAAUUCUGCAUGGAUCAGAAGCAGAUGAAGAUGUCAGAAAAGACUUGUCUCCAAAGCCAUCACCAGUUAAAGAUGUGAAACAAAAGGAAACAAAGAUCCAACAUUAUGGUGAAGAACUGCAGAGCAAACCAGCCCCUCAUAGGGUUCCUACAGACUUUCAAGCAUUUGAUAUCCAAAGCAAGCCAUUUCCUGCCACAACAGCAACAGACAGUGACAGGAAAACAACCGUGCUGUUCUUUGAUGAUAAGCCAAUCACAUCAGUUCCCAUACGUCUACCUGGCCAGCCUUCAUACACAACACACCGAACUGUCACUCCAGUUCUACCUGUGUAUGAGAAAGCUUCAAGUUUAAAGUCCCAUUUGUCUAGAGAGUGCCCAGAGUGGGAUCUGUCUCCUGAACAGGGACAGUCCAAUGAACAUUUUUCAGUCAACACAAAUCAGUUUUUGAUACCACCUGAUCAUGAGCCAAUAUUUUCAAGUCAACAAACCCUGGAAGUUUAUGAAUGUAGCCAAGCAUCCUCAUGUGAUUUGAGUCCAGUGUCUCCAGCAUUUAGUGCUCCCAGUCCAGCACAAUUUGUCUCUCAAGAUACCAUUAGUAUAGAGUCAGACGUCAUUGAGUUUUCUCAAGGCUUUAGAAGGGUCCUCUCUGAAUUUGAGACAACAGUAUCAGAAUUUGAAUCAAACACUCCUAAUAUCAUGCAGAAGAAGCCAAGUAAAGUCGUGGAGUCUCCACAUCCCUCAGAUUCAGAUCUGGAAUUCUUUGACUGCCAACAAGAAGUUUCUGAACCAGAAUAUGCAAUGCCGGAAAAUGAGAUAACCUAUCAUAUUUUUGAGCCCCCUUCACCAAGACCAAGGAGGAGUCUAGAUAUGGGCCUAUUGAAAGACAGCCCUGCGUGCACCACUGAACAUUUCUUUCAAGUAGAAGUUGAAAGGCGACUCUCUUCUGGCAGCGAAAGCCUUGGUGAAUUUGCUUAUGAUUCAGAUGUUUCACGGGAUUGUGAUGCAGAUGGGGGUCUUCCUGUGUGUGAGGAGCUGCCAUCUAGAGAUCAGGCAGGGUAUUACGAUGAUGAUGACUUCCUGGGAAUGGUAAGAGGAUGAGCAUGAGUACAUUGCCGCCCUGGCUGGUGACUCACCUGGUUUCAGACAGAUUGCAGUGGUGUUGCUUACAAUAUUUAGAUAAAGAUUAAAAAAUACCCUAGAUUUUAUGAGACUGAGGGCUUGUAUUUGCAUGAGAGCUUGAACUUAAAAGGAAAAGUGUUUCAGCUGUAAGGAUUUAUUGGCAGUUGCUCAGUUUGAUGCACUGAUGAUAUUAACAAACUGCUGUGAAGAGUCCUAUUACAUAUACAUCUUCAGCUGUAUUUUUUUUAUUAUUUCUGCAUGUUGUUUUCCCCAUUAGUGUGAAGAAUCGAUGCCCUGAAUUUAUCUCUCUCCAUUUCUUUCUCUCAUUCAACAUUUCAAUUCUUCCUGUUGCUGCAUGUUUGUUUUUGUUGAACUUUUUUGCUUCACUGUGCCUUCUCUUCAUCUCACUUUACUUCCACGUACAGCCCUUAAACUUUGAUUUUAUUCCCUUGACCUGUACAUUUGCCUUUGUCAAAGAGAGAACAUGAAAGUGAGGUUAAGAGAAAAGCCUGAGCCCAGGCUGCCUGCAGCAGAGUGCUGUAGUAAUACUGCAGACAGCCAUCAUAUUCAU